AACGCGCCAAUAGGAUCUCGCUAGCUCGUACAUGGCUUUGCCCACAUGCUUAAUUUGCUCCAACUGUAAACGACACAGAUUAACUAUUUGGCGUAUACCACGGGUAUGAGCAAAACAUGUAUUUUUACUGCUCUAAUUACGUUGGUAACCAGUUUAUAAUAGYGACAAGGAACCUCAGGGGUUUGUGAUAUAUGGCCAAUAUAUCACACUCGUGCCUUAUUGCUUAAAAAUCCUCUAUCUAGCUCUGACAACAGGCACACUUCUCAUUUAAAGUAAUGUUUUUUUAUUGCCGAAAUGCCACGUGCGUCCACUUGUAUCAGUGUAUUUGUAACAACCUAACUAUUACGAAACGUAAAUUCGAUCAAAUACGCCUCAUGUAGGAAAUUAGCAAAUAAUAGUUGUUUACCAAAUUCACUAUGAGGGGAUUCGAUUAAUCUGACCCGGGUGAAAGUUGAUUGUAUUCGUUUCGAACCGGGCUGCCUCCUGGGCGUGUGCCAGGAGCCCCGUUCAGACCACGACGAAAUCGCCUCAAAACAAAAUGUACGUAAUUAAGCACGAGGAGUAAUGAUAAGGAUGCUAUUUUCACAUGAUUGCCUUUGAAAAAAACACUUUAUCUGCCUUCCCAAUGAAAACUAUUUUGAAAAUUCGAACAUUUAUUUAAUAUAAAAUAAAUAUUGUGUGUUUCUGAGCGGAGCAGAUUACUGUUCGAUUUGAGAAGGGCGCGACUCCCGCUUUUGCACGCCACGAGCAUUAUUACAGGGGUCCCGGGGCUCAGCAUAAUCGAAUCAUCCCACUCUCUCCUUGCCUGCCAUACAAAAAUUCCUCACUUCGUGUGCCUAUUUUCAUGGGCCGAGUAAAAAMAAUCGCUUCUCCUUUGCCUUUCAGGUUAAAGUUCGAAAGACUUCUCAAAAGAUUAAAAUUGUCAUUAUUUAUGCAACAAAAGCUUGUGAUCAAUCUGACAGAAUGGGAGUGGUAAAUCCACUAGCCGCUCAUGCACAUGUUGUUCGUUCCCUUGGUUACAUGGCGCACUCAACAGUGACUGAAAGCAAAGAGAGAAAAACAACUGUGCAGAAACUUUUCGCACUAAUAGCUAAGUAACUAGCUAGCCUGUUAUAUGCAAAUACUUUGGUACGUUAGAAUUAUAAAGUAGGCAAUUUUGCGAUCCCCUACAUUAGCUUUGAAUGCMAAUAAAUUACUAGCUAACGUAGCUUAGCUGCAUAAUAUAAGGCAUGUCUGUUCCUGCUCUGAAGAUGGACCAACAGGUCGACGACGACAGGGUUUUGUUCCCGACUGCUGUGUCGGAGGAAGUGCUCGUGGAGGCGCGGCGUAAACAUGCCAUCUGCCGGCUCUUUGGGUCCAGCAGCAUUUUCCUAUCAUCUGAAAGCCGGAGAGGGGAUCGGCCUGAUCUCAUUAACAUUUUAACAAACAAAGCCAUUGAACACUAUGAGAAUGGAGAAGAGGCAAUGGCAGAGUCCCAAUUUUCAAAGGCUGUGACAUUCUUCACCAAAGCUAUCAAUCUUCAGCCGAAACAGACCCAGCUCUAUGUGAGCCAGGCGGAGGCCUAUUUACAGUUAUGUGACUUCCAGUCUGCAGUCGUCAGCUACAGGCAUGCCUGCCUCCUGGAGCCUCAGGCUAAGACCUUACACACACGUCUGGCCUUCAUCUAUUACCUACAGGGCCAAUGUUUGUAUGAUAAGGGCAUGUUCCUGGAUGCUCUGGAGUCGUUUGCCAAGGCUGCCGAGCUCAAGCCUAGCUGCAGGUCAUAUCACAUGAGGAGCCUGGCAUGUCUGACGGCCCUGGGCCGCUAUACUGACUGUCUGAGGCUGGUCAGUAACUGGCUGGAGGCAGACUCUCAGACCGCAGAUCUGUUCACCCUCAGAGCACGGCUCCACAAACAGCUCAACCAGGUAAAAAUGUGCUACCAUGAUCUGAGGUCCGCUUUGACUCUCAGUCCGUCGUGCCCAGAGGCAGGUGCCCUGCUGGGGCAGCUAGAGGAGGCCAGUGAAAGGGCCAGGCAGCAGGCCGUCAGCAGGGCCCUGGCAGGGGAGCUCACAGAGGCCCUGUCCAAGAUCAACACAGCCCUGGAGCAUUGCCCUGAGACUGGGCGGCACUACCUCUUCAGGGGUAUUCUGUACCGCAGGCUGAAAGAGUUUACUGCUGCCAUUGAGGACUUGGUCCUGGCUGUGGAGCUGAGUGAGGCUGGAGACCAGGGGUCGGAGCUGAGCGGACACACCCAGGAAGACUGGAGGGCCGUGCAGGGGGAGGCCCAGGUCCAGCUGGUGCUCACUUACAACGACUUUGCUGUGCAGUGCUUCUCCCGUAGCUUCUACACAGAGGCAGUCCUGCUGCUCAACAAGGCCAUCCAGGAGCAGAAGGAGGAGAGUGGCCUCUACAUCAACAGAGGAGACUGUUUCUUCAAGCAGGACGAGUGGGAGUUUGCCCUGGCUGACUACCAGCAGGCGAAGGAGAUGUCUCCUGAUGACCAGGUCAUCUGGAUCCGCCUCGCUGUCAUCCACAACACCCUGGGAACACACUGCUACCAGGACCGGAAGUACCAGGAGGCAGCUGACAAGUUCUCUGAGGCCAUCAAUUAUAACCCUGGAGUUAGCCGGUACUAUGAGAACCGAGCCAAAGCCCACAGUAAACUGCCCAACGUUGAGGGGGCCAAGCAGGAUGCCAUCAGUACACUCAUCCUGGACCCCACUAAUGAUCAGGUGGUCCCUCUGCUGCUGAGUCUAUUCCCAGGCUGCUCCGUGUCUGAUGUUCUGUCCAGUGAAACGGCCAGGAUGGUCAAAGCCCAGCUGAUGGACAGCAUCCAGGCCUGCAAACAAUCUGCAUCCUCCGUGCUAAGAAUGUGCAGUGGGCUUGACAAGAUAACCCUGUCGCAUGACGCAGACAGCCAGUCUGACAGCCAAUCCUCAGAGGACCAGUUCGAUCAGGGGGCGGAGCCUCUUAAAGUCUGUGUGGCCCCGCAGGAGGUAUACCAGCAGAUUGUCAGGAUCAACCAGCAGGUGAAGCGAGCAGUGCGAUUGGCCCUCGAAUGGCGGCAGCCUCUACAGUAUGACGGGCCCCGUAUGGCCCCCGCCUGCACAGUGGAACAGGAGCAGUCUGCACUGGGCUCAAAGGACAGGCCAUACCACUGGAGGAAGUUUGGGGGGUUUGGAGUGAAUUCCAAAUGAGCAGCAACAMUAUGGCAUUUACUACUGUUCAGUUGACAUGGUGGAACUGUUGGUCCACUGUUGCUCUUCAGCCCUCUGAGCUUGAGUGUGGCCAUAGUAAUGUUGGUUGUGAUGGUACCACAUUGUUCUUAAUCCAAUAGGUGUCAGUAGAGGCACACAUUUCCAUAGUUCCACCUCACCUGUUUGGAUUUAAUUGAUCCAUUAAUCUAGAUUGUCAGGGCACAACGAUUUUGUUAUGGUAUUUUCCUCAAGUUUUUGUAUUGUUUAUGUCCAUAGAUUAACAGGCAUAUGGAGACAUGUGAAGGGCGUAUGACAAAAGGGAAUAGGUGGGGCAGUUCAGUGAUAUGACAGACAUAAAGGAUGGAGAUACUGUAGCUCUAUUGUGUCGGUUCUAUAAGUUUGAGAAUUUAGUUGAAUGGUAAUACCAUUGUCUGUUUAGCAAUUGUUUUUAACAGUAUACAGUAAAUCUUUAUUUUUAAMAGUUUGUUUUGCAUUGAAAAUUUGUCUGAAAAGUAUGUUUUGCCAAAUUAAAAGAUAUAUAGACAAUUGUAUAGAUUGAAAUCAUACUGGUCCUGUAAAUAGAUCUAGAGUUGAAAAUAUUUUAUGCAUGGCAAUAAAGUGUUUUACAGUGUGUAAUAUUU